AUGGAUCCGUUGGACUUGAGCGCGUACGACGUUCCGUCUACGCCGGAAAAUGUGCCAGAAAUACCCGUGGAGAACAACGAGCAGAACGAGUUUGAGGCGCUAGGAGUCGACGAUGACAAUUUGGGUGUCGAGGAGUCUGCAACGGCCGGUGCGACGCGCAGGCCCCGGGCUAAAAUGGACAGUGAGCGGAUACUGAGCAAACGAGGGCUGCCGACACUGCAAAAGACCAUGCUCCGUUUCAAGUUCAAAGGUAAAGGUCACGAAAAACGCGACUUAACAAAGCUGCUGGGCACUUACCAGCUCUGGGGGCACAAACUGUAUCCCAAGGCCAACUUCGAGGACUUUCUGAUUCUCUGUAGACGCGGUGGCCGGGAUACUGCAAUCAAAACAUACAGAAAGAAAAUGCUUGACGAAGAAAAGUACGGAUCUCGAAUUCCAGCGCCGGACGCGGAGGAGCUUCCUGCUCAACAGGCAAAACCAGUGCAAGCACACGAGCCCGUGACGACAAUCCCCUCUCCUGAAUACCCCGAUAUGUCUGAGUUCCAAGACGUCGAGCAAGAUGAAGACUCUCUCGCAGCAGCUAUGGAAGCAUACGAAGAGAUGGGAUUCUAA